CCAUUUUGUCAUCACCAACUGGUGAGUGUCCAAACAAGAGCAUAAAACCUUGACACAAACUGCACCACUCAUAAAGAAGAAGCACCAUAAUUGACCGCCAAGUGCUCCCAUCAAGUCUAACUCUAAGACACAACACUCAAAACUUGACGCGUCUCCCAACAUCACCACUCGGGCGGUCUUUCGGGGAGAAAACCUUUACACACACUGUACCUAUCAUAAAGACGAUGAAGACUCACCAGUGUCCACAGUGUGGGAAGGUAUUCACUCGUCUUGGAAAUAUGAGGAAGCACAUUUUAGUACAUUCAGGUGUCAAACCCCAUGAGUGUCCAGAGUGUGGGAAGAAAUUCAGUGAGCUUGGACAUGUGAAGACUCACAUGUUAGUACAUUCCGGUGAAAAACUUCAUGAGUGUCCAGAGUGUGGGAAGAGAUUCAGUCUUCUUGGAAAUAUGACGACUCACAGGAUGGUGCAUGCAGAUGAAGGACCUUUUGCAUGUGCUGAGUGUGGCAAAAAAUUUAGAGACCGUGUAACUAUAAUACGUCACAUGUUUGUGCACUCAGGGGGCAACUCUUAUGAAUGUCCAGAUUGUGGGAAGAGAUUCAGUCGUCCUGGAAAUAUGAAGAGACACAUGUUGGUACAUUCGAGUGAUAAACCUCACGAGUGUCCAGAGUGUGGGAAGAGAUUCAGUCAGCUUGGAAAUUUGAAGACUCACAUGUUAGUACAUUCAGGUGACAAACUUCAUGAAUGUCCAGAGUGUGGGAAGAGAUUCAGUCGUUUUGGACAUAUGACGACUCACAGGAAGGUGCAUGCAGAUGAAAGACCUUUUGAAUGUGCUGAGUGUGGCAAAAAAUUUAGAGACCGUGGAACUCUAAUACGUCACAUGUUUGUGCAUUCUGGUGACAACUCUUAUGAGUGUCCUAAGUGUGGGAAGAGAUUCAGUCAUCCUGGACAUAUGAAGACUCACAUGUUAGUACAUGUGGGUGACAAACCUCAUGAAUGUCCUGAGUGUGGGAAGAGAUUCAGUCGUUUACGAAAUAUGAAGUCUCAUAGGAUGGUGCAUACAGAUGAAAAGCCUUUUGAAUGUGCAGAGUGUGGCAAAAAAUUUAGAGAACGUAGAACUAUAAUAUGUCACAUGGUUGUGCAUUCAGGUGACAAACCUUAUGAGUGUCCAGAAUGUGGGAAGAGAUUCAGUCAGUGCGGAGGUAUGAAGAGACACUUGUUAGUACAUUCAGGUGAGAAAUCUCAUGAGUGUCCAGAGUGUGGGAAGAAAUUCAGUCGUCUUGAAAAUAUGAAGACUCACAGGAUGCUGCAUUCGGAAGAAAAACCUUUUGAAUGUGCUGAGUGUGGCAACAAAUUUAGAGAACGUGGAAAUCUAAUUCAUCACAUGUUUGUGCAUUCAGGUGACAAACCUUAUGAAUGUCCAAAGUGUGGGAAGAGAUUCAGCCAGCGUGGAAGUAUGAAGAGGCAUAUGAUGAUACAUUCAGGUGACAAACCUCAUGAGUGUCCAAAGUGUGGGAAGAAAUUCAGUCAACGUGGAAGUAUGAAGAAGCAUAUGAUUACACAUUCAGGUAAUAAGCUAAAAACUUUGGGUGUGGGAGAUAAUUGAAAGAAUGUUGAAGUAUAAUGAGCCACAUAUUAAUACACUAACUUACCUUUAAUCUAAUGUAUAGUUUGGAAAUUUAGCUUCAUUAUGUAAAUAUUUUGCUAUCACCAUGUCAGAUGGAUAUCCUUCAGAGGUAAUUGUUAUAUUUCGUUUGAUGAAUUCACUUCAUAAACGGUAAAGUUCUGAAGGUAUUUUGUUAUUUUGUUCUUUUAUGAAAGAUGCUCUUCAUAGACCAAGCAAGUACUAGAGAAGCUGUCAUUUUAGAAAUUAGAUACUCCUCAUAGAACAAGCAAGAACAAGAGAGGCUGUCAUUUAAGAAGUUAGAAUCUCCUCAUAAACCAGCAGGAACUGGAGAAAUUGUCAGUUUUCAAAUUAGAUGCUCCUCAUAGACCAAGCAAGAACUAAAGAAGCUGUCACUGUAGAAAAACUUAAAAUUGUUUACAAGUAUAGAAAUAUCUCUUUAUUUUACCAAAGAUAAAACAAAGCUUUGAAUGCAUUUUUCUUCAUAUACAUCUAAAUAGUUAUGUGGAAUUUAAAUUUAUUAGAACUUUAUUAAAUUUAAAUUAGAAAUGCAUCUGCAUCUGCAUCUGCAUCUGCAUCUGCAUCUGCAUCUGCAUCUGCAUCUGCAUCUAGAACUAAAUAGUUCUUUGUGGAAUUUUAUUUAAAAUGUAAUAUAAUCUCUGUAGUCAAGUUAUGGAUUUUUUUUUGUAAUAUUAUUUAGCAAUGGAGCUGUUGAAGCAGUCAGUCUGAGACGUUCUUAAGACGAGGCCAUUUUAUUGUUAGGAGAAAUGUAU